UCGACGCCCUAAGCUCUCGGCGUCCGCCGCAUCCUCGUACACAACCACCCCCUCCAGCCGCUCGAAGAACACAUAUCAGAUAAAAGCGUGAGUUCUGUUCAGCGUGAGUUCUGUUCUGUUCAGAUGGGUUGAUCGCGUGAGUUCUGUUCUGCGUGGUCUUCCUCUCUAAUCACUCCGUAUCAGAUAUCAGCGUGGUUCAGCGUGGUUCGGAUCUUCUGGGUUACAAUAAAAGAAGCAAACUUGUUGCGCCAACUGAGGCAAAGAGUCAUCCAACAGAGAAGCCCUAAACAGGAAACAAGCUUGGUGUUGUUAAGAUGGUGGACAAAGAUUGGGUGCGUUUGAAUAGAUGCACUGACGAGUAUAUGAACGCAGCAUUGAACUUUGUGGAGAUGGCUAAUCAAAACGCAGGAUAUUUAGGAAAGAUUCUAUGCCCUUGCAAACAUUGUCGGAAUUUGAGUCACCAUUCUCUUGAUGAUGUUUAUGAACACUUGGUCAUAAAUGGAAUGGAUCCUACAUACACAACUUGGUUUCAUCAUGGGGAGGAACCAAGUGCUGCACAAAAACCUAAAGAAGUGAAAAUGUCAGAUGCGCAUAACUUAUACAGUGCGACUUAUGCACGAGAUGCAGACCAUCUUGAACCACUUGACGAAGCUAGAGAUGAGGUCUUUGUAAAAGCAUUAGAGGAUGCAGAAACUCCAUUAUACCCUGGUUGUGAAAAAUAUACGAAGUUGUCAGCAAUUGUUACUUUGUACAAGAUCAAAGCUGAAAAUGAAUGGACAGAUGAGAGUUUUACUAUUCUUUUGGGUAAGCUUCAGGAUAUGUUCCCCAUGGAUAAUACAAUGCUAUGUUCUGUUCGUGCAGUUAGAAAGUUCCUUAAAAAAUUUGAAUUGGGUUACGAGAAAAUUCAUGCUUGUGUGAAGGAUUGUUGCUUAUUCAGGAAAGAGGACGCAGAAUUAGAGAACUGUCCAAAAUGUGGUAGUUCAAGAUGGAAGGUAGAUGUACGCACAAAGCAAAUAAAAAAAGGGGUUCCUGCCAAAGUGUUGAGAUAUUUUCCUAUAAUUCCAAGGUUUCGGAACAUGUAUAGGUCAUUUGAAGUAGCUAAAGAUUUGGCAUGGCACUAUACUCAUAGAAGCAGUGAUGCCAAGAUGUGACACCCGGUAGAUUCACCAACUUGGAAAACAAUAGAUGAUAAGUGGCCAUCUUUCUCAGCAGACCCACGGAAUCUAAGACUUGGUCUUGCUACCGAUGGUUUCAAUCCAUUUCGGAAUUUGAGUUCGACGUAUAGUUGUUGGCCCGUUAUGCUGGUUAUGUACAACUUGCCACCUUGGUUAUGGAUGAAAAAGGAAAAUGUUUUGUUGACACUAUUGAUCCCAGGACCUAAGCAACCGGGUAAUGAUAUUGAUGUAUAUCUACGACCUCUUAUCGAAGACCUACAGAUUUUGUGGACCAACGGAGCACCUGUUUAUGACAGGUUCACUAACUCUACAUUCAAUCUGAGGGCCAUUUUGAU